UCGCUGAUCGGCGCACAGAGGAUCUUGUCCCCGAGCUGCGCCAGCAGAGCCAGCCGGGCGCCUCGCUCGGUCCGCUCGCCGCGCCGGAGAGAGCUGCCUGAGACGCAGCCAGCCAGCCGGCGCCACGCCGCCGAGCGCUCGGCCCCGGAGUCCCUGAGUGCGGCGCGGCGAGCCCCCAGCGGCGGCAGAAGGACUCGAGCGCCAGGAGAGGGCGGACGGGGGACGAGGAGGCUCCCGGGCGCGACGAAGAGAGUCUCGGAGGAAGAGGCUGCGAGAGGACACCCGGGCCUCCUGCCUCCACUGUCGGGUCGGGGCCAGCAGCUCAUGCGAGCAGCCCGGGCGGCCACCCGCGGCCAGGAGAAGGGGCACCGGAGGCCCCCACACUAGCCUGUACCCUCGGGGGCGAGAGCUUGCGACCCGCCGGAGCCCGCCGCCGCGCCGCCCUCCCCCGCGCUGACAGCCCCCCGGGGCGCAGCCGCCGCCGCAGCAUCUUCUGUCCCUGCUUCCCCAGCGCGGAGGAAGUCCCUGCCGAGGACCUGAGCCCCCGGGAACGCAGGAGGAAAGACCAGAGACUCUAAAACACCCAGAUACGCAAGAUUGAAGCAGCCUUGCCAGACCUUUCUGUGGAUUAAAAGAAAUACGAUUUUUUUUUUUUUUUUUGGCAGAAGAAAAGGAAAGGAAGACCGGCUGGAUUCAGCAAGGAAAAAAAGGGGGAUGUAACUCGUGGAUACGUUUUUUCCCCCCACCCUUCCAACAUCUUGUUUUACUUUGUAAACAUUUUCUCUUUUAAACCCGGGCUCCAUCCGGUGUCCUCCAGACCUCCAAGGUGCGAGAAGGUGGUGUGUUUUUUUUCAUUGGGGGCUUUGCAUAUUUUGGUUUUGGGGGUUUUGAGAGACCCUCCAGACAUCUCACGAGGGGUGAAGUCUACUCGGCCCCCCUCCCUCAAGUACUUCGCGUGCACAGAAUUCGAGGAGAUCCGGUUACUAAGGAUAUAGAAGAAAAAAAUAAAUCGUGCCUGCCUUUUUUUUUUAAUUGCCUGCUUCUCCCCACCCCCAAAUUAAGUUGCUUAGCAAGGGGGAAAGAGGCUUUUUCCUCCCUUCAGUAGCUCAGCCUAACGUCUUUCGUUUUUUGCCCCCGAGGAUCUUCCAUGUAGGAAGCCGAGGCUGGCGAGCCCGACACUCGGGAGCCACUGUAGGGGGGCCUUUUUUGGGGGAGGCGUCGACCGGGGCUGCCUCGGCCGCCCCCAGGGAAGCGGCGGCAGCGUUCCUCCAGGGCACGCCGGGGCCCGAAAGCCGCGCAGGGCGCGGGCCGCGCCGGGUGGGGCAGCCGAAACGCAGGCCCCCGAUCCCCGGCAGGCGCCCCUGGGCCCCCGCGCGCGUCUCGGCCUCCGGGAGACUGGCGCAUGCCACGGAGCGCCCCUCGGGCCGCCGCCGCUUCUGCCCGGGCCCCUGCUGUUGCUGCUGUCGCCUGCGCCUGCUGCCCCAACUCGGCGCCCGACUUCUUCAUGGUGUGCGGAGGUCAUGUUCGCUCCUUAGCCGGCAAACGACUUUUCUCCUCGCCUCCUCGCCCCGCAUGUUCAGGACCAAACGAUCUGCGCUCGUCCGGCGUCUCUGGAGGAGCCGUGCGCCCGGCGGCGAGGACGAGGAGGAGGGCGUGGGGGGUGGCGGAGGCGAGCUGCGGGGAGAAGGGGCGACGGACGGCCGGGCUUAUGGGGCUGGUGGCGGCGGUGCGGGCAGGGCUGGCUGCUGCUUGGGCAAGGCAGUCCGAGGUGCCAAAGGUCACCACCAUCCCCAUCCCCCAACCUCGGGUGCCGGGGCGGCCGGGGGCGCCGAGGCGGAUCUGAAGGCGCUCACGCACUCGGUGCUCAAGAAACUCAAGGAGCGGCAGCUGGAGCUGCUGCUUCAGGCCGUGGAGUCCCGCGGCGGUACGCGCACCGCGUGCCUCCUGCUGCCCGGCCGCCUGGACUGCAGGCUGGGCCCGGGGGCGCCCGCCAGCGCGCAGCCCGCGCAGCCGCCCUCGUCCUACUCGCUCCCCCUCCUGCUGUGCAAAGUGUUCAGGUGGCCGGAUCUCAGGCAUUCCUCGGAAGUCAAGAGGCUGUGUUGCUGUGAAUCUUACGGGAAGAUCAACCCCGAGCUGGUGUGCUGCAACCCCCAUCACCUUAGUCGACUCUGUGAACUAGAGUCUCCCCCUCCUCCUUACUCCAGAUACCCAAUGGAUUUUCUCAAACCAACUGCAGGCUGUCCAGAUGCUGUACCUUCCUCCGCAGAAACCGGGGGGACGAAUUAUCUGGCCCCUGGGGGGCUUUCAGAUUCCCAACUUCUUCUGGAGCCUGGGGAUCGGUCACACUGGUGCGUGGUGGCAUACUGGGAGGAGAAGACUCGCGUGGGGAGGCUCUACUGUGUCCAGGAGCCCUCCCUGGAUAUCUUCUAUGAUCUACCUCAGGGGAAUGGCUUUUGCCUCGGACAGCUCAAUUCGGACAACAAGAGUCAGCUGGUACAGAAGGUGCGGAGCAAGAUCGGCUGUGGCAUCCAGCUGACUCGGGAAGUGGAUGGCGUGUGGGUUUACAACCGCAGCAGUUACCCCAUCUUCAUCAAGUCCGCCACACUGGACAACCCGGACUCCAGGACGCUGUUGGUGCACAAGGUGUUCCCUGGUUUCUCCAUCAAGGCUUUUGACUAUGAGAAGGCCUACAGCCUACAGCGGCCCAACGACCACGAGUUCAUGCAGCAGCCAUGGACGGGCUUCACCGUGCAGAUUAGCUUUGUGAAGGGCUGGGGCCAGUGUUACACCCGCCAGUUCAUCAGCAGCUGCCCGUGCUGGCUGGAGGUCAUCUUCAACAGCCGGUAGUCAGUUGUGUGGCAGGGAGAAGAGGACAAGGCGGAGCGUGAGCCGAGCAGGCCACCGUUCAAACUACUUGCUGCUAACCUUAUCCGAGUGAUUGCUUUUCACGCAAACUCUUUGGUCGGUGUUGUUGUUGCCAUUCAUUGUCGGUUUUGUUUUGCUUUGUUUUGUUCUUUUUUUUUUUUUUCUCCUUUCUCGUCAUCCUUAACUUGUGUCCCAUUUGUCUUGUUCUUUGAGAAAUUAGCUUAUGGUGCAGAUUUUUGUUGGGUUUUGUGUGUGUGUGUGUGUGUUUGUUUUUGUUUUGAGGUGGUGGGUGUGGUUGGCAGGACACCCCCUCCCCCCCAUACGAAGAAGGGAAACGAGAGUCAGCACUGCCAAGCAUGGUGUGUGAAAGUGGGUACCACCUUCCCUUUGGAUCAGCGUUUCGCUUGUCCGUGCAUCGGGGUGUACAAGAGCGACAGAUGGGGGAAGUGGCGUGCUUUUUUUUUGUGUGUGUUCUUUAUGGAUGCUCCCGGCUGAGAGGCUCGCAGUGCCAAGCUGUGUGUCUCUCGAGCCUUUUGGACACGCUCGGUGGGGCAGAGGCAGUACCUGGGCAGACUGGCAGCAGGUGCCAAGCUCUGCUCCAGCCUGCUGAAGCCGCCCCGCCCCGCCCCCGACCCCACAGGACAAGGGCCUAUCCACAGGCUUCUGAGAAGCCAGCCUGCUAGAAGGCUGAACCAGAACCAAUUGUUUUCAUCCCUGUCUUACCGCCGCCUGUCACCCGCUGCCAUUGUCGAGUCUGUCUUUUUUGGCCAUCUGCUCCUGGAUCUCUCUCUUGAGAUGGGCUUCCCAAGGGCUGCCGGGACAGCCCCAGUCACAGUAUUGCUACCCCAGUACCCUCAGGCCCUUCCCCCGGGUCCCAGCCGUGGUGGUUUUUUUCCAUCAGGUUUCUCCCAGAUGUGGAAAGUCAGCUCAGCGCCCCAUCCCCCACCCCGUGUGCUGAGCUCUGUAGACCAGCGAGGGGCAUCAGGGAGGGACCUGCUCAGUGCCCCCCCCUUCCCGCUGAGAAGGGUGUAGCCCCGUCAUAACAAAGGUACCAUCCCUUGGCUGGCUCCCAGCUCUUCUCUCAGCUCAUACGCUCGUAUGAUACUUUGACACUGUUCUUAGCUCAAUGAGCAUGUUUAGACUUUAACAUAAGCUAUUUUUCUAACUACAAAGGUUUAAAUGAACAAGAGAAGCAUUCUCAUUGGAAAUUUAGCAUUGUAGUGCUUUGAGAGAGGAAAGGACUCCUUAAAAGAAAAAAAAAAAGCUGAGAUUUAUUAAAGAAAAAUGUAUUUUAUGUUAUAUAUAAAUAUAUUAUUACUUGUAAAUAUAAAGACGUUUUAUAAGCAUCAUUAUUUAUGUAUUGUGCAAUGUGUAUAAACGAGAAGAAUAAAGAAAAGAUGCACUUUGCUUUAAUAUAAAUGCAAAUAACAUGCCAAAUUAAAAAAAAAAAGAUAAACACAAGAUUGGUGUUUUUUUCUAUGGGUGUUAUCACCUAGCUGAAUGUUUUUCUAAAGGAGUUUAUGUUCCAUUAAACAAUUUUUAAAAUGUACACUGC